AUGGAUGAUGAAAGUAAACAAAUUUCAUCUAAAACUUGGGCAAGGGCUGUGAGUCCUAUUCAAAAGGCCGGAUAUGCUGACGGUGUAGUUGAUGGUAAUAACAGUGCUUUUCAAUCAUGUUUUGAUAUGGGUUACAAAGAAGGUUUUCAUUAUGGAUUCCAAAUAGGUUAUAAAAACGCUAUAUUAAAACAACGCAAUGAUCAACAUUUCAACUGCAUUAUAUGUUCUGACAGUAAUGAAUUCAAUAGUAGUGUAUGCAAUUUGUACAAUCUUCAGAAAGAAAGAAAUCAUGAAAAAUUAAAUAUUCACUAA